CCAACUGCACCAACUGCACCAACUGCACCAACUAACUGCACCACACGAACCACCACCAACGAGUGAAGCGCAAGGUGUGAGCUCCCUGUGCUGACCCUCUGACCCUCUGACCGACACAAGGAGACUGCGGACGCCAUCAUGGCUGGGAUGAUCGAGUCGCUAUGCGGCUGGCGGCUUGCCGCCCGCAUCUGUGGCGUGUUUGCAACACUCGUGCUGAUGAUUGGUGGCAUCCUGACCAUCAUCUCGCUUAGCGCCAUAUGCUGGGUGGUUGGCAUCUACAUGCUGUGCUGCUCGUUUGUUGUUGGCGUGCUGGAGGUGCCGGUCAUCUGCCAGUGCAUCGAUUUUGCAAAACCUUGGACAACACGGGCGGAGAAAGUCCCUUCAGGAUACAGAGCCCUCGCCUACAUGCUGUUGUGUGUGUUUAUGUUCUUCUGCCUUGGGGUGUCUUCGAUUCUUGCGGGCCUGCUCACCUUUGGCACGGGAUUCCUGUACUUCAUGGACUGGCUCGGCCCUCCUCGUGUUCGCAAUGCCGUGCAAAUGCAACUGCAAGAAGGGAUUGCAGACGACGAAGAAAGUCUCAUUGGGAGCACGGAGGAAGUCAAGGAGGGCCAGACUGGUGUUGGCUGGAUGGACACGGUGACGGAGCAGGCGGGAAAGGCGGUGGCAAGAGCGGCAGUGUCAGAGAUGCAAUCACAAUGGACCGGGCAGAGCACCAAGUGAUGUGAUUUGGCGGGGAACCGUGUCUGUACCUCUCUCUCUCUCUCUCAGUUGCCAGCACCAACAAGAACAAUGGAACAAUGGGCGCACUCAGCAGGGUGUCAUGUGCUGCACACAUGCGUUGGACAGGAUGGGGGGGGGUUGGAGGAGGACGAGGAGGAGUGGGUGUUGAUAUGAUUGUAAUGGGGCGUUGAUAUGAUGUGGAAGUGUGACUUGACGUUAUUUCAACAGCGCGCUUCCUUGGCCUGUGAGUUUGUUUUGCUGUUUGUUCGUAGUACACAGCACACACGCA